AUGGGCUUCAUAACGCGCCUCAUUACAGUCUUUGGGCUUGUCCUGCUCGCUCAUGCUGGUUACUCCGCACAUGAGCAUACAGUCCUCUACAGCAACGUCCACCUAUCCUCGUCCUCUACGGCCCUUCCGCAAGACAUCGUCAUUGAGGCCCUCGUUUCGCUCAUUAUUGUCUCGACAGGGCUAGUUUUCGGCGCGGAGAAGCUGAAGCCUGUAAGUUGGAGUGAGUGGGCUAAGGAGGUUGAGAGGGAGGGUGACACGAGGAAUCCGUAUGCGAGGUUGGAGGAGAGGUACAGCUUCUGGGACGUGAAGGCGAAGAGAAAGGAGUUCGCGGACUGGAUGCGAAGCGGCGCUGAUGCUCCGCUGAAGGGUUGA